CGCCCAGCCGCGGGCUGCCGCGGGGCUUACUGGGAAGCGACCGAAGCCUGGUCACUUUUAAGGGUCCUGGAAGUUAUUGUUUGUUUGGCCUUGGUAAUCGUGCCGCGAUGUGGUUCGAGAUUCUCCCCGGGAUCGCCGUUAUGGGCGCAUGCUUACUCAUCCCCGGAGUGGCCACUGCGCACAUCCACAGGUUCACUAAUGGGGGCAAGGAAAAAAGGGUUGCCUAUUAUUCAUAUCAGUGGACUUUGAUGGAAAGAGAUAGGCGAGUCUCUGGAGUUAAUCGUUACUAUGUGUCAAAGGGUUUGGAGAACAUUGACUAAGGAAGCAUUUUCCUGAUUGAUGAAAAAUAACUCAGUUAUGCGCAUCUACACCUGCUAGAAGGAUAUGCAGUGUAUUAUGUACCAUGUAGUAUAUUAUGUAGUGUGUAAUAAAAAUUAAAAAGUAAAA